GCUCCCAGCCGCGCGAGGGCGGGGAGGAGCGGGCCGAGGAAGACGCUCCGGCCGGCCGUGCGUCCCCGAGCCUCGGGCGCUCGCGCAGUUGUGCAGGCGCGCGCGAGCCCUCCGCGGCGGCGGCUGCGGCUCCGGCUGCGCCUUCCCGGUCCCCAGCUCCGGUGUGCGCGCCGGCGCGGAGCGUGUGCCUGGCAGGUGUGUCCGCCGUGACUCUGCCCAGGAGAAGCAGCCACCGGAGAUGGAUGUCUCGCUCUGCCCAGCCAAGUGCAGCUUCUGGCGGAUGCUUCUGCUGGGCAGCGUCUGGCUGGACUACGUGGGCUCGGCGCUGGCCUGCCCGGCCAACUGCGCCUGCAGCCGGACCGAGAUCAAUUGCCGGCGGCCGGACGACGGGAGUCUCUUCCCGCUGCUGGAGGGGCAGGAUUCGGGGAGCAGCAACGGGAACGCCAGCGCCAACAUCACCGACAUCUCCAGGAACAUCACCUCCAUACACAUCGAGAACUGGCCCAGCCUGCACACGCUCAAUGCCGUGGACAUGGAGCUCUACACUGGACUGCAGAAGCUGACCAUCCGGAACUCGGGCCUGCGGAGCAUCCAGCCCAGAGCCUUCGCCAAGAACCCUCACCUGCGCUACAUAAACCUGUCAAGUAACCGGCUCACCACCCUCUCCUGGCAGCUCUUCCAGACGCUGAGUCUCCGGGAACUGAGGCUGGAGCGGAACUUCUUCAACUGCAGCUGUGACAUCCGCUGGAUGCAGCUGUGGCAGGAGCAGGGCGAGGCGCGGCUCAACAGCCAGGACCUGUACUGCGUGGGUGCCGACGGCACGCAGCUGCCGCUGUUCCGCAUGAACAUCAGCCAGUGUGACCUUCCUGAGAUCAGUGUGAGCCACGUCAACCUGACAGUCCGGGAGGGGGACAAUGCUGUCGUGACCUGCAACGGCUCUGGAUCGCCCCUGCCUGACGUGGACUGGAUCGUCACCGGCCUCCAGUCCAUCAACACCCACCAGACAAACCUGAACUGGACCAACGUGCACGCCAUUAACUUGACGCUGGUGAACGUGACCAGCGAGGACAAUGGCUUCACGCUGACCUGCAUCGCCGAGAACGUGGUGGGCAUGAGCAACGCCAGCGUCGCCCUCUCUGUGCACUACCCCCCGCGCGUGGUGAGCCUGGAGGAGCCCGAGCUGCGCCUGGAGCACUGCAUCGAGUUCGUGGUGCGCGGCAACCCCCCGCCCACGCUGCACUGGCUGCACAAUGGGCAGCCGCUGCGCGAGUCCAAGAUCAUCCACGUGGACUACUACCAGGAGGGCGAGGUCUCCGAGGGCUGCCUGCUCUUCAACAAGCCCACGCACUACAACAACGGCAACUACACGCUCAUCGCCAAGAACCUGCUGGGCACCGCCAACCAGACCAUCAGCGGCCACUUCCUCAAGGAGCCCUUCCCAGAGAGCACAGAUAUCUUUGACUUAGUUGCCGCUGAUGUGAGCCCCACGCCUCCUAUCACUGUGACCCACAAACCAGAGGAAGACACUUUUGGGGUGUCCAUCGCUGUGGGACUGGCUGCCUUUGCCUGCGUCCUGCUGGUCGUUCUCUUUGUCAUGAUCAACAAGUACGGGCGGAGGUCCAAGUUUGGAAUGAAAG